AUGCCUUCUCGCAAUCGAUUAGGAACCCUAUUAAUCAAAUCGCUCCGUCCAAUUUCUCAGGCGAAGAGCAAGGCCACAGAAUCGGAGUUCAAAACCGAGUCCAACGAGAUCGACUGCAUAGGCACCGGGCUGGAUGUGGAAUGCGUGAUCAGUGAAGAAUCGGAGCAGGUGAGAGGGGAGGCGAGAGAUACAGCGUCGGCGUUGGUUGAAUUGGCGUUGGAAUGGGGGCUUCUGAUAUCGCCCUUCUUCUUCUGGGGAACGGCCAUGGUGGCAAUGAAGGAAGUUCUCCCUAAAACGGGGCCCUUCGUUGUGGCGGCGUUUAGGCUAAUUCCGUCGGGGCUCUUGUUGGUAGCCUUCGCCGCUUCCAGGGGAAGAGCUUUGCCUUCCGGAUUCAAUGCUUGGCUCUCCAUCUCAGCUUUUGCUGCCAUUGAUGCUUCCUGCUUCCAGGGUUUUCUCGCUCAAGGAUUGGAGAGGACGACUGCUGGUUUGGGCAGUGUAAGUUGGAUGAUUGUUUUUGCUUUUCCUUAUAAUGAAAUUGUUCAUUAA